CCAGUGGUUAUGGUACAACAACAUGAAUAUGACCAUAUGAGAUUAAAUGGUACAGACCAAGGUAUCAGAAAAGAUAAUACAAUAAUUUCCCACGAUGGGUAAGUAAAAUAAUUCAUAGUCUUACUGUAUACGUGCUAAUUCUUCAAAAUAAACAACUGUACGACGGUUAGGCUCAGACCCUAUCGAGCAACUUUUAAGCUUGGGCCAUCGUUCAACAACUUUAUGUAUUAGAAAGCGAUAUCGUGACGACAAUGGUGGGAAAAUGAGCACUCUAUUCACGGAUAUUUCCUUCGAAAAACCAGAUAAAUCCUUCUCUAGAAGCGUUAAAUAACGUUCUUCUUCCAAACUACACGACAAGCUGCCGAAAUACGACACAAUUGACAUCGAAAUAUUCGGUUCAUAUUUCCAAAAUUCCCGUUUAUAUGUAUUCAGUAUUGAAAUUCUGCUUCUCUUCGGGGCUUAUAUUACUUGAUAAUUAACAAAUGUACUCCAAAACAGCUUUAAAUUCAGCUGUAAAUCUGAUAAAAUUUCGAAUUCAAAUCAAAACAACAAAGGAUCCUCUUUCAGCGCCCGCGAUCGGAUAUAUCUGUUAUAAAACGGUUGGUAUGUACUUCAUCUUGCCUUGUUCUCAUGCCUCGGACCAGUGCCUCGGACAAAAUUAGGCGUUGGCCCACUAGAGUUUCGGAUAACCGUCACUUAGAGGACUGAAAUUGUGAAUAAAGCCUUUUUUACUUCAGUACGAGAUUUCGGGAUAUAUCGUUCCAUAAAAUGAUGUGCUUGCUUUCACUCCAUUAUAUUAUAGUAUAUUAACUAUGAUUAUAUCAACACAUCCCCUUCAUUUCGUAUGUUGUAAUGUUGUAUAUCAUCAUACGGUCGUCCUUGAAUCUAUGAUGUAUAUCAUCAUUAUGCAUGAUGUAUAUCAUCAUACAGACACAUUGAAGCUGACCCUUACCCCUCGUCUAACCCUCCUCACCUAAGGUACCCUAUUAUCCUAACUCGUCAGGGGGGAGGGGAAUAUGUAACAUGGUCCAAAUAUAAAAGUCUUAAAUAGGUAAUAAAUUUGUGUUCGAAUAUUUCAUCGGCACAAACACUUCCACUAGUUUUUCAUUUUUACCGAUUGAAUAGCGUAUUGAAUUACUUGCUUGAUGAACAUUCAAAAGUUAGCAAUUAGUUGGAGAGUACAUUGUGUUAUUUCCUAUACCCCUGCUUGUAUUACAAUUCAAAGUAAUUUCAACGAAUGACUAAAAUAUAUGUUUUUCACUAUUUUCUAUAAUUGCUGUGACGAAAUAUUACAAUAAAUAUUACAAGUUAAACCAACACACCCCAGAAUAUUCUCAAUGUGCCAAUGCAUUCAAUACACCGGCGCUCAAAUGGUGGUUAUUUUACUAUGGGAGUGGAAUCCGAACUACCGCUUUAAAUCUCUGAUAAACCUUUAGUAAAACCUUUAGUAAAACAAGAGUUGUAUAAUAAGAAAGCUGACUAGAGUUGGUGGAUACUCAGUAGUUAAUUGCAGAUCGAAGUUGCCUAAUGGUAUUCGUUUUAAGUGUAUAUAUAUCUUUGCAGUCUUUCCAAGUCCGGGCUGGCAAUGACAUAAAUAUAACUUAACUAGUAUAGGAUCAUAUUUGUUUUGGCUGGUGGAAAACACCACGAAUGUUUAUCAAUGUAAAGCUGCCGAUCCAGAAGCUCGGACGAAGCAGAUCAUUGGCGGCAGACCCAGUUAAAACGUAUUUCAUUAUAUACCAAGUGUCAAAGGAACAAAAAACGAAACGGAAACGAGAAAGUUAUAAAUGAUUAAAAUGAACGAUCUUAUUAUUCACUGGUGCAUGAGUGAAAUUAUUGUCCACCCUCCCAGAGUGUUGCCAAGACUGCUCGAAAGAUCAGCAUGCAAUAUUUAAGGUCUUUAAGAAUUAUUGGAUGAGGCUGAGCAGGAUAUCAGAAUUAUUCAGACCGAGGUCAAUGUUAUCCGAGGACGAGGUCUGAAUAAUUUUGAUAUCCUGCGUAAGCCGAAUUCAUUAAUUCUUUUAUUAUUCAGCCGAUCUUUAAAUUUUCAGAAUCUUUGUCUUGAACUAUUUUUCCAAUUUGCUCUGUUGAAACCGAAGCAAAACGAGCAGAAGCAGCAGAAGCCAUUGUCAAAACAAAAUAAUUUUACAAAAUUUCCCGCCGUCUUUUCCAAUUGCAAAAUACCGCUGCAAAAAUACGCGGGCACCUACAGAUACGAUAUUUGUCAUGUUCACAUUCUGCACCGAGAUAUGGAAAAUUAUCUGUAGGCUUUCAACCAAUAAGAAUACAAGAAAAUAGUACAAUGAAUAGUAAUAAUAAAUAUUGCCGUGGUGUUUUCCGCUAAACAGAACAAAUAUUACAUUAUCGACAUCAAGCAAACAAAUUGCAUCAUAUUGAUUAUUGUCCUCAUUAUACUAAGCUAUUCAGACAUAAACUUAGUAUUCAUGAUCACCAGUAUUCUUUGGUUCUGCUCGAAGCACUUUUAAUCUUUAUUCAGGCUAGGAUUGGUUAAGGGACCUGCACGUGAUGGCAUGCCCUCCAGUUCAUAUGCGCUUCUUUGUCAGCGGAAAAAAGUUCGCUGGUUGCAACUAUUAUUUCUCAUCAGUUCUAUGACUAUGUAUUUCAUUGCGGAUUUUUUGUUCUAUAAAAAGUUAUUACGUAAUGCAUAGAAUUAUCCACUUUUACAAAAGACUUUCAAUUACUAGCGAGCCUCUUUGGAUGUCACUGGAAUUCGACUUUAUCUUUUCUUUAUCUUUAAAAUUGAUCACCAUGCUGCCAUUUGAUUUUCUCUUUCCCGAGGCACUUUGAUCGGUAAUCAACGUAUUUCGUCGUCGUAUCCCGUUGGGUCUUCGACGAGAGCCGCAGAACAUUUGUCUGAAAGCUGAUUUGAAACUUGGACAGAACAGGGAAUACAGAACGGGGUUGACGCAGGAGUUGAUGUAGUGUAAAAAUUUUGGGAAAAUAUGUAAUACUGGUGUUUCCAAAACAUAUAAUACACAUCGAUCGCAGUAAUUUAUCACAAGAGAACCGAUAGCGAAAGGCAGCCAACACACGAUGAAUAUUACUGAUAACAAAACCAAUGUACGAAUUGUUUUGCAUUCAUUUCCAGAUUGAUGAAAAGGUUGCAAGGUUUUUCGCCUGAUUUUGCGGCCAAUUGCACAAUACGACGUGGUCAUAACGACGAAAGGCAAAAACAAGCCAAGGCCGGUCAUAGUUGUUACAACCCAGCGGUUAUUUUGGUCGUUAAAUAGAGAUAGCAAAGCAACACCCAAGGCAUAAGUCCACGACGCAAUUGAUGUCAAAACUGCGUAAUUUAUGCUCAUACUCAUGUGACGAAAUGGAUAACAGACUCCAUACCAUCGCUCUAUACUGACCCCUGCAAGAUUUGCCAUCGAAGCAACACUGCAUGUUAUAUCCAAAACAUAAUAACCGUCGCGGAAACUUUUUGGUAACUCGUGGAAACCGCCCGACGCAAUAUAUGCAAUCCAGAGUGGUAUUAAAAGGAGCCCCACCGCCAAAUCACUUAGGGCCAAACUAACAAGAAAACAGUUUGUUGCAGUUCGUAGCUUUUGAUACUUUAAGAACGCGUAGCAUACUAACGAAUUUCCAAUAACUAUUAAAGGUAUUAGCGCACCAAGUGCAAUCACAAGUCCAAGGUUGAAAGAAGGAGCAUUUAUUAAUCCAAACGGAGUUGAAUUAGAAAAAGAUGCACUCGUGGUGUUGUUUCUGUUUUCCAUGUUGCCUUGUGCCAACAGCUAUCUGGUAUGUCUGAUGUUGCAAUGCACUACAGGCUUUAUAGGGAUUCGAUGUGUUUAAGUCCAGUGCUGUCGCGUAUAUCUCAAGUGUCAGUCUUUAGGCGAUUAUAGUCGAAAAUCUGAAAAGAAAAUAAUCCAAAGCUAUUAGUAUGAUUAAUAUCGAUAUACCAUGGUAACCUUGUGAUAUGCCGUGAAUUUGAAACCAAAAAUAUGAAUAUAGGCGGUUCAAGAAUGCAAAGUUCAAGUAAACUUAAUUCAGUUGGAAUGGCCCGUACUUGCCUGCUGCGAUUUUAGGUGCGAUUUAGUCUUCUUUUGAUGGAUGUGAACGAGUGGAUGAGUUAUGAAUGUUUAGAUGUGAGAUGAGUAUAGUAGUAUACUCAUGCAUGCAGAACAUUCAUAACGUCUCGUAUGUGUGUAUAUGAUACAAAAACCUGAAGAUACAACAAACUUCAAAAGGUAGUUUUUGCUGGCAGCCCGCAACAUUCAAGAUAAUAGUCACGCAAUUAAUUGGUCAAAAACAUUUUUUCAGCAUUAUAAUGUAUUUUAUUAUCUAACAUUUAUUUAUAAAAUUGUAUUUGUUUUCCAAAACAGCGCCUUGCAUGGUAAUCUGCCAAAGCAGAAAGAUCUCGAUAUAUAAUCUUUUAAUCUUAGUCUAUAUGUUUGCUUUCCAUCAAAACCCACAAAUUAUUGUUGUACGACUAAAAUGCUUCAGUUGGUAAACUGAGCAAACGUGAGUAUUUGGGAAUGAUUAAUGGACGUCCUUGAGAUUUGAAUGAAUUUUCGCAUUUUCUUGCAGUCUCGGCUUCGUAAUAAACCAAAGGCUAAUUAUUGUCGGAAGAGUAAACGGAUGCGUAUAAUCGUAUUAUAAACCAAAGCUGCUCAUAUAAUUCUAGAAACUGUUUGCUGCUGUUUACAGCUGCUUAAUAAUCAGUUAAUGAUGAACUAUUGUCUAAUAAUAGUCUAUAGAAUUUAAUAUAGCAUUCUUGAAGUCGCUAGUAAGAUUACCUGACCCUUAUCAUGCCAUUUCAAUUUCCUUAUUUCUUAUUAAAAGUUAUUGUCUCGAGUUAAAUAUUGUCUAUGAGGACCGACGUGCAUUUGCAUCUGCUGCAAAACUGAUUUGUAAUAAAGCAAUCAUUUGCAACUCAUUGAAACUCAGGCCGUAGAAAACGUAGAAUACAAUACAAUGGCCGGAAACUCCGAAGUUAUUAGAAUACGCAUGCACUACUCAGUGGUUACCGCGGAAAAUUUUGAAAACGUACUAAGUAUAGAGAUUUCCGCGUGCAUGCACGGUGGGCGAUACUUUCAGAUGUGAAAUUUAUCAUAUCAGCGUUUUGGUUGGCGAACGAUUUUUCAUGCACAUGUGAUGAACUGUCGUAUCAGCUAGCGUUUUGAUUGGCUAUAUAGUGUUUUCGCGCUCUAUAUACGAUUGUAUAAACAUCCGGUUUUAGCGCAAUCACCAAAGUUCGCUUUUUGCUACAUUUUUCGCGAAAAAACUGACUGUACAUUAUUAUGAACAAAAAAUUCAAAGACAAAGGUAAAAAAUACGUAAGAUAAGUCUUUUUGAUUGAAAUUCCAAAAAAAUAAAAAUAAUCAGCGAGGAAUCUGUUUUUGAGGCUAAUUUUCACAAUGGAUCUUGGGGUUCUGCUAUACAGUACAGGACAAAUUUUUUAUCUCACGAUUCUUAACCUUCCCGAGGGUCGAAGGAAAAUACACGUAAUCGAAAAGGUGUAUUUAUAAAACAAAUUCCUGAUAAUGACUAUAAGGAUUAUAGUGAAACCAUGACUGAUCUUAAGAGUUUUCAUUGUAUUGUGUCAAACCUUUUGAUCUUGAGAUCAAUAAUUAUAGCCUAUAGGCUACUGGCUAUAGUCGUUCACACUUAAGUCAUAACCUUUAGUUAGACUGAAAUGAGUUUGUUACUGAAUGUAAUACAUGCAAGUAUAGUUGAAAAAGAAACACAAAGUACGAGAAUCAUCGAGUAGUUAAUGAUAGUAGAAAAAACAAUGAUUCCUGGUGAUAACUAAAACUUAGUCGAAAGCUAUAUUAUAAAAUGUUCAUCAUUCGGUGAUACCGCGCGUUUUUUUUAUUUCAAGAGAUUCUACAAAAGUCAAAGUUCCCCUUCAUCUAUUAUAGUCCUCUCGUAGGAUGUAUAGGACGAUUUAUUGUACUAUAUAUAUAUUAGUUUUAUUUUCAACAAAAGUUUGUUUUUAUAGCAUUUUAUUUUACUCUAGAUCGAUAUAAAUCGCCAUCACGACAGUUUCGAUGCAAGUUAUAUUAUAUCUGUAGUCAGUCUAGUCAGUUUAUAUUAUUUCACAUAACAUUGUUACAUUGAUAUAUUCUCAUUUGUCAUCACAGCUCACGAUCAGACCAAUUUCCUCACAUACCUACCUCACGCGUUGACACAUGUGAUUUUGAUCGUAAACCGCCAUUUAUCAACACGUCAGUUUACUCUGGUUUUCAUUUUGAAGAUUUAUGAUUUAGAAGCCGGCACUAUUUAUGGAAAUUUUAUACACUGCCAUCCCGGGGUAUCUGCAUGGUUGGGGGGUGAAUUCAAAAAUAAAAAGGUUUUAACAAAACGUCUCAAAAAUAUUUCCAAACACUAUAUAUAGUUUCAGAUAAUGGGGGGUUAAAAAUACUUUACAGACCUUUUUCGACCUCAAUUUUUAAGAAAAUUCCUUAAUAUUUAACACGUUCCGCAAUUCCAGCCUCCUCUGGGCAAGUGGGCCCCCUUUUUUGACUUUCUUUAGUUCCUGAUUUUGUACGUAAAAAUAUCCUCGUAACACGACACCAAAUUAAGAAAUAUAUUUAAUAAUUUCCUAGAAUUUGGUGAUUACUAUUUGAUGGAAGAUCUCCUUCAAUUAUUACAUUUGUAUCAUCUACUAAAACGACAUAGCAGCAUUUUGCGGCCUUAUCAAAACUGUACAUAUUUUAGUAUCUUAUAUACGACCAAAUAAACUACUUUAAUGAGUUGAACAGCUGGACGGUUUAUCACUCGUGAAUCCUAGUGAGAAAAAAGGCCUUAAUUGUUAUGAAAGUCACUGACACAGCAGUUCUAAGUAAGCGUUUAAAAAGACUUUAUUAUCCAUGGUAUAUGCUGACGAGGAAAAGUCAGAUCAGAUAGAAAUUCAACCCACCUACCAUGCAGAUACUUGUAUUAUCGUUUGCUCAAAACUAUAUUUUGUAUCUAAAAUGUACAUGUUUCCUCGAGUACCUAUAUUAAUUUCACAGCUACAGUGUACAAAUAGAUCGUACAUACCCUGAGACGAAAUUGGGGCUUUGUUCUCAAAUGAAAAUUCCGUUAAAAUGCUUUCGUAGGCCUAUAUAUAUAUAUCUAAGCAUGCCUAAGAAAAUUUCAGAUGAAAAUUUAAACUUACCUAACGCGGAUGCAUGCAUGCAUGCUUGCAUUUAUUUAUCAUUUGCUCGAAACUUUGUCUUUUUCAAUAUAUAAUACGCAGUUAGGAUGUCUUGAUCAUGCCGAGUUCAUGAAUUAUACUGAGAUAUAGUUUAAUUUUUUUGGAAAAGCUAAAAAACAUUUUAUAUUGCAUAUUUUGCAUAGUGUAUAUAUGUAGACGUUAUUAUAUGCUCGAUUAUAUGAAUAAUGUAAAAUGUAAUAAAUACUUUGUUUAUUCACUGCAGGGCAUAUUGAAAUUCGCAGAAAAUUCACUGCACGCGAAAACCCCCCGAAGAUAACUCUGUAGAUAACAUGAAUUAAUACUAUAGUUUAUUGUUAAAAAAAACUGGAUGACUUUUGAAACAAGAAAUAGCUAUCUUUAAAGAUUUUACCUUAAUAACUUUUAAGCUUCUCUUUCCAAAUAUUUACAUAAUGACUGCAAUGUUCAUAAACGUUGACCAUGAAUAAUGCCUUGAUUACUCCGUUUCUCGUAGUUGGUACGUUAUACCAUUGGCAAGGGCCUUGCCAUUUAUACUUAAUAUGUAGUAUAAUGAACACCGUACAGUUGGGGACAUGCAUAUCUGGGCGUCGUUUUUUUAUUUUACAUACAUUUGUAUUCAUCCCCGUUAUCAUAAAAUUGGAGUGUCAGCAAGGACAAACACCUGUGCUUUUAGAUGAUAUCUACAUACAUUUAAGUUGAACUCUUAUUUUAAAAUCGUCAUCAAACAUGCAUGUUUUAGUUUUGGCUUCUUUUUAAAGCAUGCAUAUGCCUGACAUGUAUUACUUUUUUAUAUUUCCCAAAAAGUCAUGUGUGCUUGCAAAUAUUUUAACAACGGACUCGUACCCGAGACUUUUAAUAAAGCUCUGCAUUAAAUUCAUCAUUAGGUAUAUGCUCUGAUGUCCAAUAUUUGUAUAAUCUUGCAUUAUUUAAUAUCCUUUGGAAAGACGACAAUUUUGCGUCAUUUUGCUAAAAUUAAGCUUUAAUGCAUGCUGUACAGCAUGUACAUCUAAUAAGAAACGUUCACGUCUAUAUGUCUGAUAAUGCACGUUAGUCUAUUAAAGUUGUUUACAGAGUAAAUUAAAAACCUGUUACGUUUUGCAUAUUUGUAACUGCAGUACUGUUAACUGGGAUUAUAAACAGUUUUAAGGUCCAUUUCGAUCCACUCGGGAAAAUUUUUCGCAGAAAGAAAAUUUUGUAAAAUGUGCAUGGGUGACCGACACGAAUUUUCCGGUCGUCGGAAAAGGUUUUGAAGUUGAAAAUUUUUAACUUUAAACAAUGAUAUUUUCGGACCUGACAUUGGGUCUUUAAAAAUGAGAAAGAAAAUAAUACUGAAUUUCGUGUAGAAAUACAAAAUAGAGCAUGGAUGGCAAUGUCGACAAUUAGCUAUAGUAGUAUAUAUAUAUAUAUAUAUAUAUAUAUAUAUAUAUAUAUAUAUAUAUAUAUAUAUAUAUAUAUAUAUAUAUAUAUAUAUAUAUAUAUAUAUAUAUAUAUAUAUAUAUAUAUAUAUAUAUAUAUAUAUAUAUAAAUAUAUAUCCAUAUACCGGGUGUCCCAAGAAGAACUGGACACUGUUUGAUCUCAUAUAAUGUAAAAGCCAUAAAAGCUAUCGCAAUGAAAUAAAGAUCAUUGCAUUCACAAAGGACUAACUCAGAUUUUGACAUGUAACAUUUGAAUUUACAUGCAAUAUUGAGCGAGAUACAACCAAAAUAAAAAUAUUUAUUAUUUAACAAGUAUAACUACAUCGGUAGUUAUAACGUUGUUGAUAUGCUAAUGUUUGGCAUUUUCAAAAACAGUAGUUCAACGUUCAAACAUCAAUAGCGCAGUCAAUAUUGCAUGUAAAUUCAAGUGCUAUGUAUCAAAAUCUAAGUUAGUCCUUUCUAAUGAUCUUUAUUUCAUUGCGAUAGCCUUUAUAGCUUUUACGCGUUAAAUGAGAUCAAACAAUGUCCAGUUUUUUGGGGACACCCGCAGGGUCUGGCAGUAAGGCCUAUAUGCCGAAAAAAGUCCCAAAUAUCCAAAGAAUAAUUAAUAAUGACAUUCCAAAAAUCGUAAAUAUAGUUUUCUCUGGGAGAGGGGGGGGGGGACGGCCCUGGCCACCCGGUAGUUGUGUGACCUGCAUGUGUUAUUCUUUGCUGUUUAUUACAUUUUUUACCCAAAGGCCUCGUUUUCAUGUUUGCGUGUUUUGACACGGCAUGCAUGGACACGUGAACUUUUCUGUCCCCUAGUUUCGUGCACGAAAAUGUUUCCUCUUGAUCUUGAUCCCAAUCUCAAGCUAUCCUUUGAUCUGUUGUGCACGAACAGACAUGUCUGAGGAAAUAGCCAUUGUUUUUUUUUGCAAUAAACAGUACACUGCAAGGGUGGGUUGACUACAAACUUUUUGUAGUUCGCUAUAACUACAGCUACUUCAAAAAUAUGUAGUCAGCUACAACUACUGCUACUUUUGAACAAAAGUAGUUCGCUACUGACUACAGCUACUGCUUAAAAAAUGUAGCGAACUAUUUCGCUAUUUCGCCACUCAAUAUUUUUUAAUUUUACUGUAUUUGGAACAUCUACUAUAGCUCAGGCUGUAAUGUAACCUAUAUAUAACAAAUCGACUUACGAGUAAAUAAGACGGCAUGCACUUGCACAGUUUGAAUUCGUGCCGAAAUUGAGUAUUGAUUUUAAGCAAACUGUGUCUUAAUAACAUUCUAUUCUAUCAAGUUGCUAACAAUUUUUAAAAGUAGCGAAUAUAGCGAUUUGCUGUUUGAAAAGUAGUCAACUACUUGGUUAUACUUUUAGGCAAAAUGUAGUUCGCUAUAACUACAGCUACUGUUUUAAAAAAGUAGUCAAAAACUACUGGCUACUUGAAAAUUGUAGUUCGCUACAGUAGCGAACUACAACUACUUCGCUACAACCCACCCUUGCAGUACAGACUGUACAGUCUAUUGAACGCUAUACAGCCACAACAACCAAAAGAUUACAACUGCCAUAAGGUUACAACUGCCAAAAGUUUCUCCGGGAUACUAACUCAAAGGGACUUUAUUAAAGCAACGAUCGAAGCAGUUUAAUUAAUGCAAUGAUAAUUUAUUGCGUCGUUUAUAUUUGAUCCCAUUUUAGGCAAUCUAGAUAUUGUAAUAUUUUACGUGUUUCAUUGAUCAAUACAUGUAUAUGCGGGAAAAAAUAUUAACAGUAUCUCUCUCCUUCUCUUGAUCUCCUUAUUGUCAUGGAAACCUCGCGGCUUUUCGCGCGCUUCCAUGCAAUGUUGCGAACGGGCAUACUCUGGGUAAAGAUAUAAUUUACUCAUUUUCCGUUAGCUCUUACACAAACCAUAUGAGUUGAUCCUUCACGAAUUGUUUGAUCGUGGAUGGUUAUCGUUGGGCUUUAAUUUCGGAAGAAAUUCGUUAACUCACGAGCAUUGCAACAAGCUACCAAUUGGAUGAUAUACGUAUAGCCAAGAUUUGGUUAUCGGAAAGAAACUGCAGAAGUUGAUUAUUCCUUCUACUAAGUAUAGCGGUUCAUUUCAAGAGAUGUUAUCAAGAUUUCAUGCUGUAUGAGCUCAUUUUUUUACGGUCAAUUGCAAUGCUUAUACUUGUAUUACUAAUUGUCUGGUCUUUCAUCACACCAUAUAUAAAACGUGAAUUCAAUUUGCGGGAAUAAAAAUAUGUUAUAGUAUCCGCACCAUUGGGUUUUCCAAGUGUUUCAAAUGCACAUAAGUUUGUCUGUAUGGCUCACAACAGCAACAUGUCUUAUGAAACCCUAGCGAUAUUAGUCCCAUUUUAAGCUCGUGUUUUCUUCAAAAUUGUAUUUUUUAAUCCAGUGUGACAAAUAUCACAUAGUGGUGUGGUUUACUACAUCCGCUAUAUAUGCUCUGAUGCAUGCAUUGUCGAACUAUGCGUUGGUGUCGAAAUUAACGCAUCGCAGAACUGAUAAGUAAAUUCACAAGAGUCAACAACUCAAAUGUGUCGGGAUAAAAUUGCAAUUGAAUCAUUCACAUGGCGGUUUGAGAUCGUUCUACAUUAGAAGUUGAAUCAUAGGGGCAUGCACAGAAGUUGAAUCAUAGUCACAGGGGUGUUCACAGAUUCAUUAGUUAAAUCAUAAAGGCGUUCACAACUUCACAGGGCGGUUUGCGAUCAUUUAGAUCAAAACGAUUUCAACCCAGUCCGAGGUCGGUCCUUGGACUCUUUGAAGUGUCACUUGCACAAAAACGUGAACAAAUUAAUCGAAUUAACUACCGUCAAAAAGUGUGGAAAUGCCAUGACAUGCUAAGCAAGAAAUUAGCUCGGUUGUAAAACGUGAACUGACCUCUCGAGGUAGUUUAGUUUAGAUCGACCUCAACUCGUCUCUGCAGGUUGUCCACAAUGGGCCCUACGGCUCUGAAUCGAUUUCGCAUUUAUUUCAUCUGGCCCAGUUCUCGCAGUCGACAUAAAAUUGGCUCAUCAGUACGAGAGCUACUUAGAUUGUUAAAUUUGCAGUCUGAAACCCCGUUUACACUACGCCCAACCAAAAAAGUGGCACGGUACCAAAAAUCGAGCGUAUAGUGUAAACGGGGCUGGAGUCAAAUUGUAGUAGAAAUACAGUAUGGCCACCAGAUGGAAGGAUCGAGCGAGGCUUAAUUACCAGUAGAGCAAUUUAAAAUUCCAAGGAAUUCUUCAGCGCUGCAGGGUUGGAAUUAUAUUUUCGUAAACAUAAUAUCAAAGGAUGGAUUUUUACCUACACUUUUACAUAAGGGUUCAAUCAAUGCAUUAUGCGGUAAGAACGCCAAUUUUGGGGUAUAAAGUAAUUUACUCUGAGGCUGCCCUUAUUAUCUCCGAUCUCUUAGCUUUUUAUAUAUACAAUCCAACAUUAACAUUUUACAUGUCGUGAGCCAUUAAUAACUUAUGAUAUCUUACUCUUGAUCUUGCUGACAAACAUUCAAACAACAUACUUGGAACGAGCUUCAGUAAAGACGUAAUUAUAGGAGGACAAUACGUAAAUAGUUAACCUAAUAACUAAUUAUUGCUAAGUAUGCUAGAUUAUAGAUCAUUUGGCUAGACGUAAGAGAUACAUAGUAUAUAGCCUAUAGCUAGUACAAUAUCAAUUAUACUGCGUACAUGUAUAUACUAGAAGAUAGAAUUCAUAAUGACCGUCAGACUUACUUGGAAAUUGGUUUCAGAAAAUGUCUUCAAAUUUAAAACUUAGUCAUUGGAUAACCUCACUAUUGCACUCUUAGGAUGUAUGUGAGUAGGAUAUCAGUGAACGUUACUUUUUGAGUGACGCGCAACACAUGUUAAAAUGUUCAUCUCGAAAAAACAAUGACGCCCACAAUCCACUAAUAAUUAAUUAACGCAAUAACGAUCGAUCAAUUUGCAGCAAACAAUUAAUAACUCGACAAUCAAUCGAAGAAAUGGUAGCCGUAAUGGAAAUAUAUUUUUCUUUGGCUUUGUUAACUUCUAACAGAUGGCUGCAGAAUUCAAAUUAAAUACACCAUUUAUUUGUAGUUAUUGUUUGUUAUCUAUGCUUAACAGAUUUAAUAUGCAUGCAAAUUUUUAAAGACAAGCUGAGGUAUUCAGUACAUUUGCCAUAAAUGGGCCUCUGCAUGCAUCGCAUUUAGCAUAACAAUACACUGGACAUUAUUUUCAAAAUCCUUACAAUGGAAAUAGCAUGGAUCUCUGUUGGAAAUAGUAUGGAAAUCCAAUUUUGAAACAUGCAGCGAUACAGUGACUACAAUUUUAUAGUCUAUCUCACAAUCGUAAUUAUCUAAUCCUAAAAAUUACAAAUAUUCUUUGUCCAUGCAACAUGAUCGGGUGGCUAAUAAAAAGGUGUUUGUGGUAAUAUUUGGGGCGUUAACUCACACUUCUAUUUAUAUUGACUGUUGAGGUACUCGUGUAUCCACAGCAGCCUCCCUCUGACUUGUUACGACAUUCGGUAGGGCAAGAAGGGACGCUCUCUUUGCUUGGAGAAAACUACAGCAGAGUCAAUUCCUGAAAUGCCAUGACAGGCUGUAAUAAUUGUUUUCUUUCUUAAUUUGAAGAUGAAGUAUACCUGUUUUAAAAUAUUUUUUUACCAAAAUUCUUACCCAGCAACUCUCUUUGUUGAUUCAGUCAUUACGGGCUUAUAAGUUCAACAACAAAUUCGAUAAUGGAGACUUGUUGAUCGCGUUAUUACAAUAGAGAGGUUGAGAUUUUGACCUCCACUCAAGUCUAUAAUAAUGGACAUAAACUUCUAAAUAAAAUUACUUCAUAUAUGUUUGCAAACUGAUUAGGAUGAUUUGUAGUCUUUUUGCGAUAUUUAUCAGGGAGUGACCUUGCGAUAUUUAUUAGAGUAAUUUUUGUUUAAAUAAUUGACUUUCAGGUCAAUGAUAACCGAUUAUUGCAGCAAGGAUAACGGAAACCACAAAUUGCUAUAACGGUUUCUAGAUCCAAUACUUGGCUUCUUUGCGUCACUGCGGAGCGAAGUCGCGAUGUGAAUAGGUCAAAUUUAAAUUUUGGGCUCCGUAACAAAUGUGCCACCCAGUCACAUUUCAAUGAACGGAAUGUUCCAUUGCAUUUUCAUUGUUUGAAAAUCCCACUGUUCUCCAUAACAUCUAGUGACCAUCCAGUCGCUAAAUGUUUUACUUACUUUUCGCAAAUGCCUAUAUGAGGGCCCUGAAGGGGUAAAAUGGGAACUGGGAUUGAUCUAUUUUUAGACUGGGAAAAUGGGAUUUGGGUUGCUGGGACUGGGAUUUGGCCACUGGGAAUGGGAAAUGAAGUCCUCAAAAAUGGGAAUGGGAUUGAGGUAAUGCGAGUCGAUUCCCAAUUUUUCUGCGUUUUGAGUAUUUUAAAAUACAAUUUUGAUCCGUUUUUGGUGUCUUUGGUCAUGAUUUUUGCCGGUUAACAACUAUAUUAUUCACAGCACUACCUGCGAACAGGCAUACUCUGGCGCCCGGAAUUCUGGGUUUUCUGAUUAUGCGUGUCUCAGAAUGCUGCAAAUGCCAUUUCCGGGAUUCAAAUUUAAAAAUAUUUCAUAAAGUGUCCGCCACAUGCUUAAAAGGUCUUAAAACUGUUUAUUCUACCGAUAAAUAAAGGGUUUUCUAUUGACUGGGAUUUCAAUAACUGGGACUGGGAUUUCUCAAUACUGGGACUGGGAUUUUGCCAAAAUUUCAGGUGGGAAAUGGGAUUGGGACCCCCCCCCCCUUCAGGACCCUCCUAUAUAUAGAUUGGGACUUUGCUGUGUGCGAUUCCGCGGCUGACUGCACAUGCGGGAUGACGUCUUUAGGUGAAUAGAAAUGUAGGUACACUGCACCUUGUUCAACCAUUUUUUGCAAUAUAGUGAAAAGAUUGUCAGUUGAUCCCUUAAGUGAGUCCGGGGCGUUUUUUGGCAGGGGCGUUAAUGUUCCCCAACCAAAUUAUUGAUUAUAUAAUUAAAACGCCGACUAAAAGCGUAAAGUAAAUUUUAAACAUACUCCCAAUCAUCUGAUGAAAGGAACCGGAAAUUUCGACUCAAGCGAAAAGGAAAUUUAGAAUUUAAGAUUGUUUUUAGAAUUAAUUAAAGCCUGUUUUCUACUUCGACUGUAUCGUAAAGUACCGUACGUAGCGUUUUCAUUAACGUCAAUGAUUUUUCCUGAAUGCUCAGAAAACAAGCGCGAUACGCAACCGCGCGUUCGGUACGACACUGGAUCAGAGUUUAAAACAGGCAUGAGUCGCAUAAGAUCAGCAGCCUUUAGCGGAUUAUGUGAGGAGAUUAAAAUUAAGUAUUUUUGAACAACAACCUCUCUCCAGGAAAAUUCAGUUCCUUGUAGGCGUAACCCGAACCAUGUCGACAGUUUAUGCCGUACGAUAUCCAAAUUUUGCGGAGAACACCUGUUUUCUUUUAAUCUUUUUGUUCAUGUUUAUCAGUGCAAACUUGUGCGCAGUGAAGGUGAUUUUGGCAUAAUGAGAAAGUCAUCCAACGAGGGCAAUGGCACCAUCUCGUCGAAGCAGUAAAAUUUCAAAAGAUUUGUGUACUGCAAUGAAGACGAUUCAAGUUUCAAUAUAAAAUUCUAGCUCAUUAUAUAUGUGCUUUUAAGAUUGUUAGUUUCCAAAAUAGCAAAGUCCAAACCAUAUUUCGAUGACUAUGAUGAAGCAUUUGUAUUUAUCUGCGGUAUGAUACAACGUCUGUAUGAUACGUUUGUCGACAUUUCGAGCGUAGGCACUAUAUAGUGUUUGCUUGUAUUUGUAGGCUGUGCAAUUUGGACUGUUAUUGAAGUUUUAUUCGUGAAAAACAGUGUACAAGCCGGUAUGUACAAGUAAUUAUUUUGCUAAAUUACUUGUCUCUUGUUGCGCAGUUUAUGCAAAAAAUGCGUUAGUUGAUAAUUACCGUAUUUAUGACAUUCAUAAUUCCACAUGUUCAUUUUGAACGGUUAUAUAUUCGUUGCCUUGGAGAUAUAUAUAGUUAGAGGUAGCAGGUGCCAGAUAUCUGAAUAGGUUUAAACGGUCAAAAUAUUUCAAGCCCUUGAACCUAGCAGAACGUUUGUAUUCAGUCAACAGAAUAUUGUACUUAAUUGCACUGAGAUUAAGAAGUCGGACUUCACGUGCGGUCAGAUAGUUUUAUUAUAGUAUCACAAAACGCCAGCUCAUAUUACUGUAUCUAAGAACUCCAAAUUCGAAAAUUCCUAUGCAUGCUUUAUACAGUUAGAACUAAAAAUCCAAAAUACUUACUUGACUAUUUUCUGCGAAUCCAAGCAUCCAAUUGUAACCUCAGUCUAGACUUGAUUAUUAAACACCAGGCAGCUCGGUUUCAGUGAAUUAGUCGGUCUAACAGAUUUAAUCUUUCAAUGAUAUCCACAACAAUAAUAACGAACACAGAUAAGUUAAUUUUCUCUUAGCUUAUGACAAUAUAUGGAUGUUUGCUCAUGCUAACACAAUUUCAAACAAUUGAGCAAUCUGAAUAUUUUUGACGUGCGCUUUGGUUUAUAUUUACAGGUGUGAAUUAAUAAAGCGCGUGGGAUCGUGUGGGGCCGCCUAGUUACUGAAUUCCGAAAUAUCAUUAGAUUUACAUAAACGGAUCAAAACAUCAGGUAGCUAAUAUUGCCGUGGAUUUAGAGCGAUGAGUGGGAAGAGGAACACAUUUCGAUGACAAUGGAAAUUUGAAUGUUAAAAUGAAUGUCAGAGUUUGCAUCAUGCGGCUGAUCAUUUAUGUUCAUUUGUAAAAGCCGCAUUGAUCCCCGUUGAGCAUUUUUUACACGUACAUAUACGCACCGAAAACUGUAAAUCACUCACCUAAAUUUUACAUAAGGAUUAAGGACUAUUACAUUAAAAAACGCAUUAGAAAUCGUAUACACAAUACUAAAUAUCCAUUUAAUUUUUUCAUAAGUAACAUUUAAAUGAAUUUAAACUGUGAAAAACGCUUAAUUACUGGAAAGCAGCCUUAAGUCACGACGUCACGUCAUAUUCUGGCAUUUUCGUCAGCUCGGUCGCUGUUGCUAAUGAGAUUUGCGCGCAAAAAUAGCAACGUUUGUGACGCAUUGUAUGCAAAUCAGUCGGAUUGAUGGUUGUGCAUUGGAUAACAAAGAAUACACGUUUCUGGAAAGUACGUCACAUUGGGAUGUCAUGUCACAUAUACAAUAUACACUCUCGAGGCUCUAUAGCCAAAGUGACAUAUACCUUCCAGAAAGAUGUAUCGCUAUACAAAGACUCUAAACAAAUAAGUCAGACGAAAAAUAUAGUCCCUAGCUUCAGAAGGUGGAUAUGUACAAUGAGAGAAAGAGUCAACUACACGUCUCAGGUCCUUUUAAAUAAAACAUAUAGCAGUUGUACAAACAUAAUGAUCAGCGAAAAAAAAUGUUGAUAUUGCUUAUUAUGUUGUAUCAGAAACUCGGCAUGAAACCUUCCGCAAUAUUUCUUAAAAGGGCCUUAAAAUAUAGUCAUACGAAGCUUUCCUCAGAUGGAAACGAAAAUUCGGAUUUAGUCGUUUUCAAACAGAUGCGUAGGAGUGACUCGAAACCCACUCCGAUUGAAUUACAUGUGGAGUAGGAAAUUGUGGUAUGUGAAAUUAAUCCUAUCGCUUAAGCUUUCUCAAUAUACGCGGGGAAAAUAUAGCAUUUUAAGGCUGGCAGCCUGGCAAAAAGACAAGGUUGAACUAUCUGUGCCAGUAAUAUUAACAAGGUGCAACUACCUGAAAAAUAUAAGGAGAGUCAUGCAGUCGACGUUUCGAGCGAAGGCCCUUCGCAACGAAAGCUUGUUAAAGUGACUCCAGACCUGUCUAGUAACUAAGGGCCUUCGCUCGAAACGUCGAAAUUCUCCUUAUAUUUUUCAGGUAGUUGUACGCAUCCCCACCAACGAAAGCUUGUUAAAGGUAUAGAAACAUUUGUCAAAAGAAAAUUUUCUAGGAAAAGUUAUGUUCUUGGGUUGUGAUGCUUUACGAGCUUUACUAUUUGUGCUUUAUAUAUUUUAUUUCGUUCAUAUUCCUUUUCUCCUAUCAGUCUAUGUUUAAAACGUUUUUUUUUAAACGAACAGAGCAAUAUUUCCCCUACGCAUGCACAUAAGGUAUAUAGGCGGCUAUUAGACAUACGUACUACGCAGCACAAAUGUUCGGCGGACGAUGUAAAAUAAUCCACCCGAGUUUCAUCAUGACUGAGCCAUGUUAAUGUAUGGGUCACACCUCCUGUAUUCAGCAUGCACUCUUGUAAAUAGUUUUUAUUUGUUUCUACGUAUUUUCUUGUAAAUACUUUGUAUAUAUUAAUUGACGACGCCCCUCACGAAAACCAAAAUUUUUACGAUACGAUACACAUCACUACACAUCCGACUGCACACCACUGCACAUCCACUUUCAACGCAAUAGCAGUUUGACAAAGCGGCGAAUUCCACAGUUGAGUGGAACAGAAUCCUAGUCCUUAACCUCUUGCCUCGAUAUGCUCAAAACUGUCUGGUUCCCAGUCAGGGACAAUUGCGUUUCAAGCAGUUUGUUUUGACUUCUGGUUUUCGCCGUCCCAUUCAGGGCCGUCCCGAAGAGGCAGAGGGGGUGGGAGCGGUAUGGUAUGGUAUUUACCGACAAACGUUCAACUUUUCCCGACAUCAUUUCAACCACUAAUUAUUAUUUCAUUUCUCAAAAUUGUUGGCGAGCGGGGCGGGGGGGGAGACUGGUUAACAAAUUUCUCCGCACAUUUUUUUAGGGUUAGCGUAGCGUUAUUAUAUUUCAAUUUUUCCUUAAUUUUUUGGUGCAUUUCUCCAAAUUUUAGCUCGAAUUAUAAAUUUUUAAUCAGCGUCGCUGAAAAAUUUUUGGUUAUUUUCUUUCCUAUUCAUGUUUUGCAUGAUGGUUGGCGUCUGGACAACCUCAAAAAAAUUGAAGCACUUCUACUGAUAUGCCUAGUAAGAGCCCCCUUGGUCACGCAAAUAGCUUGCAUGGGUAAUCAUCUAUUAAAUUGAAUUAAAGAUUAGUUGUGCCUGUUGAACUUUCGAGUUCACUAUUGAGUAUGGACAGCUUUACAUAACACAGCAAUGCCGUGGUUAUAAAUGUAGAUACACAGACAUAUCAUACGUAUUCAAACGACAUUGCGUGCUGAAUGCUAGGAUUAUCAGUCUUUGUGUGCUUUAAGGCCUCGUACAGAUCAGCUUUCAGACUUUGAAUAUUGUCAUAAGAUAUUUUGCAAAAAAAUGGUUUCGAAGUUCAUCUUUCAUAUUUUGGUGAUAAUAACGAUACAUGAACAAGCAAGAGGUACAGUGUUGUAGAAUUUUGUAUAUUUCUUUAAAUAUUUAUACCAUCAUUCUUCUAAUUCGUACAAUAGUAGAAAGUUUGCAACCUGGAAAAAAUGUAUAGUGACAAAACUAUACACCGCAUAACUAUUUUCAAAAAGAAAAUUAUAUCUUUUGAAGUAGAAAAGUUAAAAAUUUAACGAACAUGUACAAAUUGUUGACAUUGACUACAGGACCUCAAGUUUUAGACAAGAGGUAGGUAGUUGUAUCCCUGUCAAUCUGCGCAGCUUUCUUAUGAUUGGCUGGCCCAGACGUUCGAAAUUUCUUUCGUUCGUACCGUUUGUCCUUGAUAAUGGUUCUGUGCUAACCGAGUUUUCAUGUUUGUUUUAGGAGAUGAUUUACCGGAUUCCAUUAAGGAACUUCAAAAGUAUUUUGGCAAUGGAACAUCAAAUGAUGUAACAAAUGUUUUCUACAAAUUUCUUCACAAUGAGCACGGUAUGUGUUGCUGUUAAAUUAAACAUUCAGUAAAUGGGCAAUCCGAGUGCUGAGCUAGGGAGAAUACAAAAACUACUGAAGUUUUGCAGGGCGAAGCAAAACAAGGAAUGACUUUUUCGUUCGCCUUAAAAACAGGGCAUGCAUGGAGUUUUUACAGCAACCAAAUAUAACAGAGGAUUUACGAUUUUCAUUGUCAAUGUCAGGAAUCAGGAAUGUUCCAAUUACAACAUUUCCAGAGUUCCAAAGAUCAUACCAAUAAUUUUAUACAUUAUGCGAUUUUUAUCACUACACAUUCCAUAAGGAAUGAAUUCGAAAAGUUUUGUAGGUUCUAUAUUUAUUAAGAAUUUAUCACAACAAAUGAUAUCACGGUAUCACCGCACAUUUUUAUCACAUGCACACAAAAUUUAGGUAUGGACAAGAAUAAUAUCUUCUAUAUGAAUGUAUAGACAUGUACUGUAUAUAGUGAACAUUUGCCGAAUUGCAAGACAUCUAAAACAUUUUUGACCCUAAACAUUUUACUCAUUUUUGCCUCUGACACUGUGUCACUGUCCGGGCAGCGUUGAGGAAUACGAUGGUUUGGGAUGUAUACAGUAUUGCUAACUAUUUUUUUCUGUGUUGGUGUAGUGUACUCAGGUGAAUAUGUAACACCACAAAUAUCAUUGCUAACUAUUGUUUAAUUUUUAUAAAUAUUUUUAAGGUUUGCCAUCUCAAGCCAAGCAAGCGUUGAAACAACAUUUGAUUGUAAGCGACUGGUAUGGUUACGAUGCUGAAGACACUCAAAUAUACGUUAAAAAUAUGAAACUUAUUAGCGAAACAAAGGUAGAAAACGAAGAAGAUCUAACAGUUUUGAGAAGUCAGCUCCACAAUUCGAAUGAUUUUCAGGUAUUAGUUAUUGUAUUCACAUUUACAUGUAAAUCUCGAGUCUGAAUUUUAUACGUUUAUUAUAGACCUAACUGGAAGAAGUUGCGAAAAAUGCAACUAUAUAUAAAGCCCUCUGGCACGAAUCGAACCUGCGGUGCUGCGAUUCCGCGGUGCAGCGGUCUAAUCAACUGCGGCCGGUUGUUCAAAGGCCGAUUGGCUUAAUCCUAGGUUAAGGUUACAGGACACCCUUUUGGGCGUUUUGCGGAAAAUCGCUACUGCGCGCUCAAUAUCAGUCCGAUUUCCAUCAAAUUUUCACCAAAUGUUCUCCAGUGCAUGCAAAAUAUGGUAAAGUUGUAAAAUUAACAAACAAUAAAAUAAUGUAAGAAUUCUUCAGGAAAAUCUUAAAUAGCGGUACCUUUACGCUUUUGAGUUGUGCUCCUGCUGGUUUUAAGUUAUAUUUAUGAAAAUAUCAUUUUUAUACAGUAAAAUAGUUGUUCUAAAAAAUUGUGUUCGGAAAUUUUUGUUUAUUUCGUCAUUCCGCUGAUAUGGCGAUUUCUUUGACGACUGCAAUAUAUUUCUGAAUUGUUUCAGUGAAUUGCUCUUUAUUAUUAAAAUAUCCAAAAUUAAGAAAAAGCCGAACACAAUUUUGAAACUGACGUAUUUAGCUAUGUCCUGUAAAAAUUUGAGAAAAAUUGGUUAAAACCCGCAGGAGCACAACUCGUUUGAAAAUCAGUAAUUACCGUAAAAUUUUUCGUGAGAAAAUUGAAUUUGAAUAGUACAUUUUCAAUGUUUUUCUUAUUGCAGCCAAAUGUAUUUUAUUAAAUAACUCUGCGAGUUUUCAACAUUUUUCGUUCAAACUUGGUCAGAUAGUAGAACUAGUCUAAUUUAAUGCUUUCAUUGAAACCAAUAAAAAAAUUUUAGGCAAAAUUAACACUCAAAGGUGUUCUGUAACCUUAACUGAAAAUUCAAAGCACACUUCCUAACAACUUGUUUCUAAAUUUGGAAAUAUUUCAUCACAAAUCAUGUCUGGAUCAAUAGGAGUUUUCUUUUCUGACAUUUUGAAAUAAAUGGGCAUGUAGAAAUAUGCAAACUAAAACAGCGGGUUAAAUUUUAACCCUGGGUUAGCGCUAAUCCACUUUUGAACAACCGGCCCCUGAGCUAUAUACAGAAGCCAAAACUGGCCAGUUGUCGAUCUCUAUAACCGCAAGUAAUCCUUUGCAUCAAUUUAGAUCUUUGCAUUUCACAAGCUGUAUACAACAUUCGCGUCCAUGUUAUAUAAGAUAUAUAUGCAAUCACUCGCCUCGGCUCACUUAUACACCGCAUAUACUUACAUAUGCUGUAUUAACGCAAUUUUUUUCAGACUGAACUGCUCAUGGGCCAACUUUUAAACAAUCGCGAUGACUCUGAAGAAGCAACGACAGCUUUCGACAAAGCUUUCAUCACUCUGGACAAUAGCAGGGUAAGUAAACUUUGGUUGAUUUGAACUAUACUCGAAAAAGAAAAGACCCGCCUGGGAAUUAGGCCUACUCCGGCCAAGCCAAUAAUCAAGCGAUUUUUGAUCCCGCAGUAGGCCUGGAAGUUAGUAAGUAUACUACUUCACUUCCAGGCCCUUGUUCAAAACUUCAAAGUCAGUUUCCGCUAAUCUUUAUCAGGUAGUUCAGUUUAUUAUUCCUUAAAUUGUGGGUUUAAUUCUGAGCAAUGGAUGAACAUAAUUUUCCCCUCUAACAUAAUUCGCUUUGUUUCUUCAGGUGCAGCUUUACUACACAGACGAUUCCGGUGUUAUGAGUGGUGUGGUUGUAGCAGCAAAACGCAAAGACAGCAACCACGCCGUGUACUUGGUUUUCGUUACAGAUUAACACGGAUGGACGAAAGUGAGAAGACUUAACACAAAGUAGCCGUUGUAACUUUUACAUGUUACAGGUAGUUGAUUUGAGGGUGGCAUAAUACCGUAGUUUGGGUAGACAUGGAAUUAAACU